AUGAAAAGACUUUCUGGAAGACAGCCAGACCAUCCUCCCAUUGUAAAAGCACCUGACACCCCAGAGGUAAACUGGGAGGACUUUGAGGGGUUCUCCGGUUGGUUUCCAUAUAAGCUAUCAAAGUAUCUGGCACUUGGGAUCUAUCCUAUUCCUGCUGCAGAGGAGAAAGGGAAAAGACUUAAAGCCAGGAAUAAAUUAAAUCUAUCACGGCUAUCUGGCCAAAUAAGCAUAUUAGACAUGAAUAAUAUUUACAUAACAAAGGGAACCCUAAGUAACUGUACAAUUAAUUCCAUCCGCAUUAAAAACACAAAACUAUGUGAUAAUUUGUGGAAAUUAAUUGAGCAAGCAAAGUCGGUUGUGCUUAAUAAUGUUGAUGCAAUAAAGUACAAAGAGGAAUACUUUUCUAAUGCCAGAUCAAUUGAUAUACUGGGGGACACUGUAAGACAGAUAGGAAAUAAAAUCGUUGACUUAAUAAAUAUUAAAGUACAGCGUAUAAGAAUUGCAGAUAAGAACAUUCUUAUCUUCUGGGACGCAAGAAAGUGCUAUACGUGCGUCUUAAGAUACUUUGAUACAUAUAAAAUAGUGCAAAGAAUUCCUAUUAUUAGAAUUAUUCACUUUGAUGGAAUAGAAAUGACCAUGCCGAUUAUAAAGGAGCUAAGAAGGCAUCCUAUUAUAACUGUGAAGUUAAUUGGGUGCAGAAUUCACCCCAUAAAGAUAUAUGACCUAGUUUCUACUUGCGAGGAUACUUUAAAGCAUAUUGAGUUCAAUAAGACCCCUGUACCAUUAGCCACAGUAGACUCACUUAGGAGCAAAGGCUUAGUAGUCACUGUUUUAUAA